CUUUUAACGUGAGAACAAAAACUUAACCAAAUACAACUGGUGGGUCGAUAGACUCGAUACGCAGUAGUUAACGGCACCGGUGAUGGCGACACAAACGUUUAACUCCUCUUCCCCAUAUUCCCUACCCUCUUCUCACUGAAUUUUCGCAAAUUUCUCAGGAAACUGGUGCAAAUCAGGGUUCUCUACUAUGAAUAUUGAUAAAUUCAAGCAGGACAUUGAUGAACUUAUCGCUCAAUUCUCACAGGAUGAGUCAAAAACUUUGGCUGAUAUGAAGAGAGUAUGGAUUUCUAAGAAGUUUUCCUACAUUUAUGAUGCUAGUCCUUCUACCAACUUGGCCUUCUUUAUGCAGUCUCUAUAUGCUCAUUGUAUAGGUUACAUGGUUAGCACUGGUUCUUUAUCACAGAGAUUGGGUGGCCUUUAUUGCCUCUAUUGUCUUUACGAGACUCAACCAUUCAAACCCCCUUUUAAGGUCUACAUAUCCCUUGGAGAGUUAAAGAAUCUCCGAACUCUUGUUGUUGAUGCAAAGGCAAAUGAUAUUAGUGUGGUGCCUGCUUUAGUCAAAAGAAUGCUGGAAAGAAACACGUUCCUCUUUGGUGCUGUGGACUUGGUAGAAAGUUCUGUCACAGAAACAGUAAAUCAACUCCAAAAUGUACAGAAGGCUCGUAUUCAAGUUGCAUACAAAAAGUUGUUCGAUAGCACGCCAAUUGAAACAUAUGUUCGCAUGGACCUUGGAAUGGAAGUAGACCUCAAUUUGCUGAAGGAAAUGUCAGCUGAAUAUGCUGAGGCCAAGAAUGUAGCAAUUAAAGAAGCAAGCGGUAUAUUGGAUGUCGAAAACAUAAAACACAUAUCAGAAGAUAAGGAAUUGAUAGGAGAUGUUGUGGAGAAGGUUGCUGAUGAUUGGAACGUCCAGAAACAAACAUUUUAUAAACAAACAGGAUUGGAGGAGGAUGAUGGAUUUGUUGAGGAGCUGGAGCAAGUUCUUCUUCUAGAGUAGUUUUCAGAUGAUGAUGAUGAGCAUAAUGAAAACUGAAGACUAACAUCUGAGCCAUAAUUUCUAGCUUAUAGGGAGUUUCAUAAUAUUACUAAGCCUGCUUUAAAUUGUAUAUCAUUUCAAAGAAGCAUGCAUUUUUCUUAGAAGAUAUAGGUAUAGUAAAAUAUCACAUUUGAAUGCUUAGCACAAGUUUUUUUUUUGUAAAUAUCUCACAUGAAAUCGAAGAGGAAGCCGUGAUUUUAUAGCAGGGUAAAAAAAUACUCUUAUUUGGCUCUUAUUAAACGUGCCAUUCGUUGCAACCUCGUUACAUUUGAACUCUUCCAAUGGAGCUUCUAUUGUGUUUUCCUU